AUGUGGAGCACCAUUGCAAAUUUGAAAGAGAAUUUGAACAAGAUCGCACUCGUUCUUCACGACGACGAAGAAGACGAAAUGCUCCGCAUGUACGGCGGUAAAAGCACUACCAACGGCGUGGAAUCUCGCGUCUCAGAUCGCCGGAAUUCCAACAGAUUUCUCCGUUCCAAAUCGGGGAUUAGGUCGCCACUCACAAAUGGCAUCGAUCAUGUAUCUAUUUCUGAGAUAGAACAAUACAAAGCAGAAAUCAAAAGACUUCAAGCCUCUGAGGCAGAAAUUAAAGCGUUGUCAGUUAAUUAUGCAGCUCUAUUAAAAGACAAAGAGGGUCAGAAUGUUAGAUUAAAUAAAGAAAAUGGUUCACUAAAGCAGGAUUUGGAGGCUGCGAAUGCUGCUCUUAGUGCUUCCAGAAAUGAAGGUUCUAGAGCAUCUACAAGUGGCACUUCUUCAGUCAAGCUGUCAAAAGCUGUGCAAUAUUCCUCAGAGAUAAGAAAGCUAAAGUUAGAACUAAAGCAAGAACGUGAUCAGUUGGCCAAUAUUCAACUAAAUUUUCGUGAGGAACAGGAAUCAAACAACUCUUUUCGGGAGGAGCUUAAAAUGUUAAAGUUGGAAAGAGAAAAAACAUCAAAGGAGCUGAGAAAAGUACAAUAUGAAUUGAAUGUGAAAGCAUCCGAAAUAAAGCAUCUGCGAUUUGAGUUGACUAGAAGAAAAAACGAGGAAGCAGAGGAGGAUUUCGAUAGCUUGAAAAGACUAAUCAAAACCUUGGAGAAGGAAAACAACACUCUCAAGAUCGAGAGGAAUGAAAUUGAGGCUGCUUUCCAAAAAAGCAGGAAGUCUUUCACUGGAAAAAUGUUGUCUGAUGCUUUGCAUAUUCAGAAAACGGAUUCAAGCAGCACCAGUGAUAUACCAGAUCAUUCUGAAAGUUUUCCAGGAAAGGAAGAAAUGGAAAGAGACAAAGCAUUACAAGAAUUGAGCCGCCUUAAGCAGCAUUUGCUGCAAAAGGCCUCUGAAGAAGCUGAGAAAAUGGAUGAGGAUAGUAAAAUCAUUGAAGAGCUUUGUGAUAGUAAUAAUUAUUUAAGGGCUCAGAUAUCACAUCUUGAGAGAACUCGGAAGCAAGCAAUUGCAAGUCCGGAGGAACUGAAGAUGGCAAACAAUAAUGAAAUUCUUAAGUCUAGGGAAGUCAUUGAUGACCUCAACAAAAAGCUUACAAACUGUUUGAGCACAAUAGAUUCUAAAAAUAUUGAACUUUCAAAUUUACAGACAGCUCUUGGACAGUACUAUGCUGAGAUUAAAGCCAAGAUAUAUAAACAUGCUGCAUUUUCCUUUUUUGAUCAUAAAUUUAGAGUUUUUGGGAUGUUAAUAUUACUUUUGUAA